GAUGACUCAGGAAAAUGACUGCCAUUCGAGAAUCACAACAGAUGGAGAGAUCGGCCUUGCGCAGUUGUAGAGAGCGCUGUGGACUGUCUGGCCACUAUGUUAUAAUUAAAACUUAUUGAUUGUGACAAUAAUUGCUGGGGGUUUCGGAAGUCCUUGUUGCAAGGAUAUGCAUUCCAAAACCUUGCCACGGAUUCUGACUACGCAAAGCAUAUCUCAUAAAAACUGUUGCAACAAAAGUUGUUCCCUAUGAAAUUCUACGUGGAAUAAGCGAAAUAGGUUUUUUUUCUAAUGAAAAAAACUUCAAAAAAUUAUUAAUUAAAAACUUUCAAAAUUAAAAAUGUUUUAAUUUUCGUUUAACUUCUGUUCAAAAUUUUUUCUUGAAAUUCCGUUCCGCUUAUGCCAUGCAGAAUGACAUCAACUACAACUUCGCUAGCGAAAAGUUUUCUCAGAAAUUCUUUGUUAUCGCGCAAUCGCUGGCAAGGCUUUCAAAAAUUACUUUUUAUGCUUAAAAGUAGAAAAAACACUCUUUUUACAAUUUUUCACUUAAAAACCUAUGUCGUUCGAAAACUUUUUAAAGCAUAUUAUAUACAAACAAAGAUUGUCUACAAAAUAACUCUGCCGCGACGGUGAUCGGACAUUCCAAUAAAAUGGGGGUUGAUCCUUCCUUAAAUUAAAAGUUGCACUAAGAAAUCUAUCAAAAAACUCAUUCCAAUUGAAUAUACCGGUUCCGUUUUUCGAAGUUAUCUUGGUAGAUUUACAGAAUGUUGCUUUUAAAUAGACUUCUAGUCAAUAGUGUGCUAAUUUUCGGUUUUCAGUUUCAUGGUAUUCGAAGAGAGUGUUGCAGCUCAGUGAAAAAUGGUGAAAAAAAAACUGAAUCGAGUGAUGUAUUUUGCGAAAACAGAAAUGUUGUGGGAAGUUUUAGCAAAACACAUCACUCGAUUCAGUUUUCAACGCUGAUCAUAUGCGCCUGGUUUUCAUAAUGAAAAAACUACAAAAGAAAGUUAUAUCAUAGUUUCCUUGUCCUUCUUUUCAGAAAGAACAGUAGGAAAGUAAAAACUUUUCUUUUCCAGAAGAAAGAAAAGUCAGGUUUUACUUUUGUUUUUGUGAGAAAGAAAUGAGAAAGUGCCACUCCUAUCUAGUCCUAGAGAGAUGUAACCGGAAAUAGACUAAACAUGAUAUUUAGUUUCUUACAUUCUUAUUGUAAACAGACAAGUCUGGGACACGUUUGUGAAACGACCAAUCGCUAAGUCUAUGAAACGGAUCAAUUACUAUCAAAAAAUGUACUUCUGUGUUUCAUCGGGCAUUUGAGAAUUUUCUGUCAUUAAAAAGUUCAAGAGGAAUCCCUGGAAAAAUCGAUCCACUAGUAGUAUUUGCUGUAUAAAAUCACGAACACAAAUUGAAUAAUAAACAGAUUUUUGCUAUGAUCUUAUAGAGAAUUCAAACCGACAUCUUUCUGAAAAAGAGUCGCGUCACAAAGUUGAAAAGAAAGGUGUUAUAAGCAAAAAUCCGAAAGAGCCAAUUGUUUUUAUGUGACCAAAUAGAACAAAUGUCGUUCAUUAUGUUUUAGAAGCUGCAUAUACAAGCAAACUGAGACGACAUAUAAUACCUUGCCUGUUAGAAUCAAAUUAUGCCGCUGAAGAUUGGUUAGGAGUUUUAUUCGGUGAAAAAAUUUACAUAGAUUUUGACAAACAAUUUUUUGACGAUGCCAUGAAAGAAUUAGUUGGAGAAAUUUUAAAUAUUGAAAAAAUAUUAUCCUGUAACGAAAAAAUACGUGAUGAUGAUAGUCCAGAUAAUUCAAUAUCAAAUUGCUUUAGAAUAUUGUCUUCCCAGGAUCAAGAUCCAUUAAAAUGGAAUUCGGAUCAAGUGGAAGCCUGGCUUAGCGAGAGAAAACUUGAACUAUUUUUAUUUGGUCUAUCGAAGAUAAAUGGAAGAGCGCUCAAAGAAUUGCUUAAUACCAAGCAUAAGCAUUACGACCAUUAUCGAUCUGAUAUGUUAAAAUUUCUAGAUCCAUUACAUUCUGAACAUGAACGAAGUAAUUUAAUUUUAAGAUUUAGUGCCGAUUUGGAAAUGUUAUUUGAAAAACAUUAG